CACAUUUUACAUCGUUUCGGACUAACGUAAAAAUGUCGAGUCGAGCGCCGUCUGCAGCGGUUCCCGUGGUGAACGCCCAGGGCAAAGUCAGCAUGCAAAUGGUCAAAGUGCAACGGUACACUGCAGGCAAGCGACCAGAGUAUGCAGGCGAGGCUGCGCGGGACUAUGCGAGCUCGGACGACGACGCGGACGACGACGCGGACGACUUUAGCACACGACGAGCAGCGAAGGCAUCGCAGCCAUCGACCAAGGCAGGACCCUCUGCUGCGACAGUCACUCAUGCUCCUGUUGAUGACCGGAGGCUCAGGCGGUUGGAGCAGUACAGUCACGGCGAUGGCGAUGGCGCCGCUCCAAGCAGACAGCGCCAAGUGUUUCAAGCAGAAGUGAUUUCGUCGAGCGCUCCCCGGCGCGACCGUGGCAGUGAUCACGAUGAUGACGACGACGAUGACGACGAGGCAGACGCUCGGCGGAGUCGAGUUUUGCAAAGAGGUGUUGCAAUGGUGAUCACUCGUGAUACAGCAAAAGCAGAACAUCCUUCGGAGUCUCGCAAUGUUGAAGCAGACCGGGAUGAUGAUGGCGACGAGGACGACGACGAAAUGGAGCAGCGGCGCGCUCGGAUGCGGGAGCGGGCUCGCAACCGUCGAGAAGAGGACGACGAGAGAGAAGAUGAGGAACGGCGUCAAGCACGGCAGCGUCACGAUCAACAGGCUGUGCAAAGCUCGUCAGCACCUGUGCACGCCGCGUUGCGAGAUGCGCGUUCACAACCACCUCGUAGACGUCACGACAGUGGGUCGGAAUCUGGCAGCGGCGGCGAAAGUGGCAGUGAAUCAGGCUCAGAGUCAGGCUCGGGCUCGGGCUCGGGCUCGGGCUCUGGGAGCGACUCGUACUCUGACUCUUCAUCCGAGGAGGAGGAGGAUGUGCCCUUGUUCAAGCCAGUCUUUGUCAAAAAGAGCAUGCGCACAACUGUCAAGGAUGCUGAAACCGAAGAAGCCGAAUACGCUCGUCUCGAAGAGGAGGAAAUUGCCAAGGCCGCAGAGCGCAAAAAGGAAGCUGCCGAGCUGCUGGAAGCCAUAUCGCGCAGAGAAGCAGAGAGUAAAGCUGCCGCGUCAAAGGUCGACUCUGCCUUCGAUGUGGACGACGAAGACAAGGAAAACGACGAAGUCGAAAUUGAACUUUGGCGUGUCCGGGAGUUGCUUCGCAUCAAACGCGACCGAGAUGAGCGUGAUGCACUCAUUGCUGAACGGGAGGAAGCGGAGCGUUGGCGCAACAUGACGGAAGAAGAGCGCGCCGCGGAGCGUGCAAAGUUUGGCAAGCCAGAGUCUGGAGACAAGGACGAGCCGAAGAGCAAAAUGCGAUUCAUGCAACGCUACUAUCAUAAGGGUGCCUUCUCUGUGGAUGAAAACGAUCCGCUGUUCAAGCGCGACUUUACUGUUCCGACGGGCGAGGAUUUGAUAGACAAGUCCACUCUUCCCAAGGCCAUGCAGGUCAAGAACUUUGGCAAGAUUGGCCGCUCAAAGUACACACAUUUGGCCGACCAGGAUACUUCUAAGGAUUCAAUGUGGAAUGACAAGCGCAAUCCGUUGAAUAUGCAGGUGCUGAGCAGGCAAGGAGGCUUGAAGGACCCAAGCCAGCAUCCGCACAAACGGCGACGAGAUGAAAUGUAGAAACGCGCGCCCUUGAGAGUUGUUGCACAAACAGCGAAAAGCCUCUUUGUAUCGUUCUGUGAAUGUUAACAAGCGCUUCACCGACCG